GGCAUUUUAAUGGCUUGCUAUUGUGAAGCUUGCUAUUACCCUAGUAGAAGAAGAAGAAGAAGAAAUGUGUGGGGAAGGGGAAGCCCCCAAGAUUAGCUUCAGUCUGUGUUAGCAACCCUAUGCGUGUGAUAUAAUUUCUGCUAAACUCCUGGAAGCUUCCAGAAGCAACCCGUCACAGCUGGAAACAUGCUUCCCUUCGCAAUCUUCUGCAGUUAUCUGAAUGCUAACUAUUGCAAGCUAUCUGCUGUCCCUUCAAGAGCUCAAUCUGAGCGUGUCCGUUUCCUGAGUGAGUUUGGCCCCAGACCACAGGACUACUCUGUGAAGGAGGAGGAGUCCCAGAGAGAGCAAUGCACACACCCUUGUUGAUGAUAAUAACACCUUAAAGUGGGACUCUGAGGCCCUCAGACAAUGUUGGACUACAACUCCCAUCAUCCCCAACACAUCUGGGGAUCCAAGUUGGAGAACCCCUUUCUUAAGAAAGCCCACCGGCAGCGAUGUCCAGAAAUGGGUACUUCUUUGAAGAAACAGGUUACCUUAAAUGUGAUACGGACGAUGGCUGCGAGAACAAAGAAGAAGUGGGAGGAGAAGAACUCUUUGACACUGUCAAUUCCUCAAUCGUAUCUGGGGACAGCAUCAGGUUCUUUGUGAAUGUCAACUUGGACGUACAACAGAAUGUAACAGCAGAAAGCGAAAGCGCUGGGUGCGUUUUAUUACACACAUCGAGAAAAUAUCUAAAAUUAAAGAACUUUGAGGAGGAAGUCAGAGCACACCGUGACCUUGAUGGGUUCCUAGCCAGAGCCAGCAUCAUCCUGGAUGAGACGGCAACCUCUCUGGACGACGUCUUGCGGGAGAUGUUGAAACACUUCGCAGAAGACUCCGACAAUGCGGAGCCAAGCUGCAACUUCGACAAAAUCAUGAGCACUUUAUUCACCGAUUCAGGGGCUCCCAGAGAAGGGAAUGUUCACCUCUUGUCGGAUACAAUUCAGGGAGUCACAGCGACAGUCACAGGGGUACAGUAUCAGCAGUCCUGGCUUUGUAUCAUUUGCACUAUCAAAUCCCUUCAGCGCCGCCACGUUUGCAUCAGCCGGCUUGAAAGGCCCCAGAACUGGGGGGAGAACUCCUGCGAAGUGAGAUUCGUCAUCUUGGUGCUCGCUCCUCCGAAAAUGAAAAGUACUAAAACUGCCACAGAAGUGGGCCGAACGUUUGCCACGAUGUUUUCAGACAUCACCUUUCGACAGAAGCUUCUAGAAACAAAAACGGAAGAAGAGUUCAAGGAAGCUUUGGUUCACCAGCGCCACCUAUUGACUGUAGUGAACCAGAGGCCCUCUGCAGUGUCAGAUGGCCACAGAACACACAAUCACAAGCCCCUCAAGCUUCACGAGUUCUUCAAUAUUGGCAAAGGAAUUUUUGAUGACAUUGCACGGAGGUUCCCGGUGUACGCGCUGGACUUCACCGACGGCAUUAUUGGCAACAACAAAGCCAUUGGCAAAUACAUCACCACCAUGAUCUUUCUGUACUUCGCUUGCCUUCUGCCAUCCAUUGCUUUCGGCUCCCUAAAUGACGAAAACACAGGCGGUGUUAUUGAUGUGCAGAAGACCAUUGUUGGCCAGUGCAUCGGUGGGCUCCUCUAUGCUCUGUUCUCAGGCCAGCCACUGGUCGUAUUGCUCACCACCGCUCCUUUAGCCCUGUACAUCAAUGUGAUCCGUGGGAUCUGCGAUGACUACAACUUGGAAUUCAGCGCGUUCUAUGCUUGGGUUGGGCUCUGGAACAGUUUCUUCCUUGUGCUGUAUGCCCUCUUCAAUUUCAGUCUGGUCAUGAAGCUCUUUAAAAGGUCGACGGAAGAAAUAAUAGCUCUUUUUAUAUCCAUCACAUUUGUGCUUGAUGCUAUUAAAGGCAUAAUGAAAGUUUUUGGAAAUUACUACCAUGUCUCAACAAAGACACCCAGCAUCUCCAUUGAUAAUGCCACCCUCUUGUUGAAUAUGUCAGUGGAUCGUUCUGCUUUGGGGAAUCAGACGGCUGGCCACUCUGCUGCCACCCCAUACGGGCGUGAGACCGCCGUCCUUAGCCUCAUGUUGAUGUUGGGGACCCUGUGGCUUGGUCACACGUUGUACCAGUUUAAGAAAAGCCCCUAUCUGCACUCCAGAGUCCGUGAAAUCCUGUCUGACUGUGCCUUGCCCAUUUCUGUCCUAACUUUCUCCAUCGUGGGAUCCUAUUUCUUCAAGGAAAUAGAAAUGUCCAAAUUCAACUACAACCAAUCAGAGAACUUGUUCGAGUUGGCUCACAUCCGGGAUCUCUCCAUUGCCUCUGUGAUGAGUGCGAUGGGCUUGGGCUUCCUGCUCUCCAUGCUUUUUUUCAUCGAGCAGAAUAUAGUGGCUUCACUCACCAAUGCCCCAGAGAACAGGUUAGUGAAGGGAACUGCUUAUCACUGGGACCUCCUCCUUGUGGCUCUGAUUAACAUAGGGCUUUCCAUCUUUGGGCUACCGUGGAUCCAUGCUGCGUUCCCUCACUCCCCGAUGCACGUCCGAGCUCUGGCCUAUGUGGAGGAGAGGGUCGAGAAUGGGCACAUCUAUGAGACGAUCGUGAGUGUGAAGGAGACGCGGCUGACGACUUUGGUGGCCAACUUCUUGGUGGGCCUCUCGCUCUUGCUCCUGCCUUUCCCGCUGCAGCUGAUCCCAAAGCCGGUCCUCUACGGGCUCUUCCUGUACAUCGCCCUGACCUCCAUCGAUGGGAACCAGCUUUUUGAGAGGGUGGCCCUCCUGUUGAAAGAGCAGACAGCCUACCCUCCAACGCAUUACAUCCGCCGGGUGCCUCAGAGGAAGAUCCAUUACUUCACAGGCCUGCAGGUCCUUCAGCUCGUCAUUCUGUGUGGGUUUGGAAUGUCUCCUCUGCCCUACAUGAAAAUGAUUUUUCCCCUCAUCAUGAUUGGAAUGAUCCCCAUCAGGUAUAACUUGCUCCCCAAAAUCAUUGAAGCGAAAUACUUGGAUGCGAUGGAUGCUGAGCACUAGGGAGGAGCAGACCUUGGGCCUUAGAACAGUCCGCAGCUUUUCUGAACAGAAAGGAAGCUGUUUUCUGGUGGAGUCGCUUGUUGGAAGUUGGUUUGUUUUUUAAACCUCAGUGACUUUGGUCUUGCUGAAUCACGACCCCAAGGCAUGUUGCCAGAGACCAAGCACCCAAGUGUUGGGAAUCGGGGGGAGGGGAACCAGUGACCUUCCAAGCUCAGAGGCAAGCAAGCUUUAUGGAAGUCCCCAGACCGGAUGUUUGGAAUUGCCACGUGCUUCGUUGUUUUCGGGGAAGGGAUUCCCUUUUUAUAUAUAUAUACAUGUUUGACCCCUUUCCCCAGAAUUCUGUUCCUCUGCAAUUGGGGACCGCAAUCACUCUUCCGAUUUUGCUGAAUUCCAUUGCGAUUUGGAGCCUUACUGCAGCUUCCCAGCUUCUUCAUAUAAAACACAUUAAGCCAACCCUACUCCAACUGGACAGGCCCCACUUAACUUGCUGGUGUUGGGGGCAGAUGAGGAAGUUCCUUUAGUGGAGCUGCAGCCGUCGAUGCCAAAAGAGCAAAGGGAUUUUGUACCAAUUUCGCUCGAGCCUGUCAGGUCUGUGUUGUGUUCUGUCACGUUCAAAUCCGAAUUCACGCACACAGUGAUUCAGAGCAAACUCUUAUCAACGUUGCCCAAAGACAACUGGGAACAAUCCAAGCCAACACUGGGAUUUUUUUUCCUUUUUCUUUUUUGCAGGUGGUCAGAACAUGGAACAGUAGAUUUUUGCACGAUGGCAACACUUUUGAAUCCUCCUUCUAUUUCAGUGUGUGUACAUAUAUACAUAACCAAUCUAGAUUUGUGUAUAUAUUUUGCAUAUACAUACCCUAGCUCUGGAUGCCUGCUCUUUCAAGAGACUUGAAAGAGGGGUUUUGUGCAAUCAGUGUUAACUUGUGCUGUACCUUCCCCAUUGAUUUCAUCCUUUUUUCUUCCAUGCUGCUUACUCCCUUUUUCUUUUCUUUCAUAAAACUUCCUGCUAUAUUCAGUCACCCUUCUGUUUGAUUCUAGCCCUUGAACUCCAUCUCUUCUGAUUGCUCUUGGUAUUUACUUUUUAAUGUACAGUACAAAGUGAACAUUGGGGUUUUGUGGUUUGGGGCAUUGUUUCUGGCCUAGGCUGCAUUUCUGUUGUUUUUGUCUCUGCACGGUUUCCAGUUUUGUAGCUAACCUCCCUGUUUCUCCCCACAAGCAUUACAUUAUAUUUCUGGAAGAAUUCUAAUGCUCCUGAUGUCUGUUUUAUAUACUGUGGCUCCUGAUUACCAUUUGUGUGUGUUUUGUAUUCUGGCUGGCCUGCCUGCCCGCCCCCCCGCCCGCCCCAAGAUUUUUGAAGUGCUGUGAGAAAUUCCACCUGGUUUUGAGAUUGGUGUCAAUCUCCCCACCCCACCCCACCCAGUGUUCCUCUGUUGUGCAAGACAUUGAAAGCAAUUUGCAAGAAAGAGAAGGAAAGCCCUGGAGAGAUCUCAGGGCGUGAGAUAUAAAAAAGAACAUGAUUGUGUCAGGAGCAGAGCAAAGAAGGCUGUGCUCAGUCAUCUGUUGACAUCUGUAGAUAGUUUGUUUGUUCAAAGAGAGGAACGUUCAAGCUGGUGAUAAGGUAGAAUUGUUUCUGAACUGUUCCACUUAGGACAGCAAGUGAGGAGGGAAUAGCGUGAUUUAAUGCUCCCCCUUCCUUUUUAAAAUUAUUGCCUGAAUGUAAAACCUUAGAUGUCAGGGGAAAGGAUUCUAAACUAGUUGUCUGCCUGAAAUGCUAAUCCUGGGUAAUGUUCCCCCUGCAGCCCGUGGGGCCGUAUUUAAAAAUGUGACACACACAACACUGGCACCCACCUGCAGUCUCAAGGAGUACAGGAAUAGUUGUACCGCACCAUAUCUUAAAUAGACUAGGCUUCUGUUCACCUUCGGAAACAAAUUCUCCUUAACUUCCAUCUGCUUCCUAAGUCCCAAGUUCCAUUCCCUUUAGUAAUGCUGCUAGGCCAAGAGAUGCUGUUGGAAAGUGAUCGCCCUUAAAUGGCAAUGAAUGAGCACAGUCCAAAGAAAAGGGUAGCACCUGCAGGUUGAACGGAGACAACUUUGAUGGGUAGACUGUCUUCAGAACAAUACAGGCAGCCUUCAGGACAGAGCAAAAAGGUAUGCACCUUUGAACAGUAUUGGUCAGGGCUUUUCAACCAGAUAUGGUUGGACUACAACUCCCAUCAUCCCCAGCCUCAAUGGCUGCUAUUGUGGCUAGGGAUUAUGGAGUUGUAAUCCAAUUUCUAGGGACCCAAGGUUGGGAAGCCCUGGUGGUGGUGGUGGUGGUCAGGGUGGCUUCUCACGUUGUGUUCCAAAGCUUUGGAGUGACUUGCAUGAGUGUGCUCUUUUGCCUGAAUGCCCAGGCUGGCAGCUUGCCUUGAAGGAGUAAUGCUCACAGCCAGUAGCCUUGAGAGCAGCAGAGACACCUCCGGGUCUGCCUGGAAGCUGAUCACUCUUGCAUGCAAGACAUCUUCUGCACAUAUCUUGUGUCCAGACAUGGGAGCAACCCUAAGGAAGACCUUAAGGUUUCUUUACAGCAAGGCUUUCCUCUGGGCUUGAGCCUCACUCCUUGAAUUGCUGUGCCUGGGGGUGGAUUUUCAAGUCCGAUAUCCAGGUUAGGGAAAUGCCCAGCUAGGUAGGAGAGCCGUCCUUGCUUCCCAGUUGGUCUUGUGAACUCCACAACCAUGUGGGAGCUGAGAGUGAGUUGACAUGACCACUUCACACAGCUUUCUGACCUUGGCUGGGCACUCCUCCGUCCCUGAUAUCGGUCAUGAGAACAAGGCUACUGUACACUUUGCAGGUAGUGCAAGCACUUUUCUGCCUCAUUUCUGACCUUACUGUCGGUGCUAUUAGGGCCUGUGAUGUUGGCAUUCCCACUCUUGAGAAAUAUCAGAAUCUUGUGUAUUGGAGGGAUACAGCGUGGUCAGUGAUUUCUGACUGUGCAGGAAGCCAACAGAAGCUACACAUGUAAUAACUGGUGUUUUAUUUUUAAAAUGGCAACAAGCAAGCAAGUGGGUCUACACGUUGCAGAAAACUCCAUGCUGCCCCCCAAAAUGGCAGCCAUGUUCUGACUUCUCCCCUUACGCAAUCUGUAGUAAAAACUAGCCCAUGUCUUGGAGUAUUUGCUGUGUUUUUUCCUGCACCCACCAGCAGCAGCCGGUUAUAUGGAGUGGAGAAACAGACAGCAUGACGAUACCAAGACAAGGGGUAAAUUCUACAACACAUUACAGAGGAGAAGAAGAAUUUGGUGCAAGGCUGCCAUUUUUAAUCGGCAGCCUCGGGUUUAUCGUAGCAUGUAGAUUUAUCCAAAUAUACUUCUCUGCAUAAGCUAGGGGCCGAACCUAACAGGGGAGUGGAUUUGCUGGACCCUGCUAAUGUAGAUCUCAAGGGAGCCCAGUUUGUUUGUAAACGACGCUCAAAUCUUUUCCGUUCUAGAGGGAAGACAAAAAUUAACUCUGCAACCCAGAGAUUGGUUGGCGGUGUGUUUCGCUGCAGAGGAUGGAGGCGUGUGCUGUAUUGCGCAUGCCUCUAUUCUCUGAACCAAUACAUACACCUUUGGGUCGUCUUACCUUAUCAGCAAUGGCAGGUUUAUUUUCCUGUGCAAAGUUUAAUGUAGAUACUUCAGCCACACAUGUAAAUGGGAAAUGACCCUCAUUUGGAAAUAGCCGCAUCCCAGGUGUUCUCGUGUGAAUUGUUUGGCUUGGGGGGCAGGCUCUGUGCAGCCUGUUUGCGCCUUUUUUCCAGGGUCCUCCAGAAGGAUCCUGCGCUCUAUGUAUGUGCAGUCCAUGAAGGUUGCCAGUUCUUUAGCUGAGUGUAGCAUAGAUGCUGAGUAAGUCACAGCAGAUGGGAGCUUGGGCGUCUCCUUGAAAAGGAUCUCCUCUUCCCCAGGGCCAGUCCUGCUUUUACGAUUUAGUUGCACAGCACUCUUUCACUGCCCCCUAGUUGCAUCCCUUGAGUGUGCUCUCCAUUCAGUGUGUCACCCGAAGCACCGGCUCUGUGCAGCUCAGCGCACCAGUCAAGAGGCCAGUCACCUUACACACCCAAGCGUUUGGUUUUGUACUUGAAUAAAGGGGUAGCAGAGGAGAAGUCAGGCUUCCUCAAAACAUGUCUUGGAUCAGAAGGAAACAAGACGGGUGUUUCCCUCCCCGCCCCCCCCCCGCCCCCCUGCUUCCUCCUUUCCUGCUGCACAUGCCUUUUUCUUCUUUUAAAAAAAUAUUUUGUUUCUGCUGAGCUCAGCUUGGUUUUCCAGGAAACAGACUAGCUAAGGAAGCGUGUAUGUCAUAGACAGAAUAAACUCUGCACUUUAAUACCACUGUGAAGGUUAAGACAGUUGGAAUGUAAAUACCAAAUGCUUUUAUUAUAAGCUCUGUAGGUAGGGGUGUUUUCUUUGUUUUGUGUUUUUGUUUGCUUGAUUCUUGCCAAAGAAAUGGAUGCGAGAGAGACGAGGGUAUCUCUGCUGUGUUCUCCUUGCCAGUAAAUAAAUGCCUUUGAGAUUAUAGGAUUCUCAUAAUCCACCUCCACUAAUAUAAACAGAGUUUGCCAAAACAGGAGCAUUUUUCUGAGGCCUAUCUUCCUUGUUGAUUUCAACACAGUAAACUUGCAGAUUGGUGAUUUUUCCCUGUAGCCUCCAUGCAGUGGAUGAACAGUCCUUCCAAACACACCCCACAAGGUCUCAGAUUUACCAACCCCUGCUUGAUCAGAAGCUAAGUCUGGAGAGAGAUUGUGGGUUGGUUUUUCCCCCGGAAAGCAGACUGCCACCUCCACAGUAAUGUAACCAUCACAGUUUUUCUGUAUGACUCUGUUCCUCCCACUCACACUCGGCCACUGCAAGGACUUCCUUUUCUCAUCAAGCGUUUAAAACCAAAGCUAGAGGCAGCAUGGCCAAUGCCAGGGCAGCCAUCUCUAUAACUUGGAGCGACCAUCAUCUUGGACAUCAAUACUACUGAGUUAAUCUCAAUACACUUGACAGUAUCGUGACCCAAGGAGUUUUCCAAAGAUCAGAUAUGUGUGCAUUCUGUACGUAAGGCACAUAUGCCUAGAAUACAGUCCACAUUAGUCUGCAGUCCUUUAGAGAGAAACAUCACAAGAGCUGUUUCAGGUCACACCCUCCGCAUGAAUCUGUCAUGCACCAGAUAAGUGGUGAUGUCCUAGGGUGAGGAUUCCCAACCUUUGGCCAUGUCCAACAUCAUCUGGAGACCCAAGGUUAGGAAUCCCGGUGCUAGAGUGUAAGAUCCCUGAGUUGGGUGUGUCUUGAGUGACAAGGAGAAUCUUGGUGCUUGGCUUAUUGUGAUCAGAAGUCUAGGUUCAUAUUCUAGGUUUGUUUGGGGUUUUUUGUUGUUGUUGUUUUGCUAGAUCAUUCUCUCUUUAUGGUGAGAGACUGGAUCAGGGUUUUAAGGCAGUAUUUGAAUGUGUGCAAUUAUUGGGAAUUUCCUUAUUACCUCUUUAUAGCCAUGGGUGCUAUCUCAGGAGGUGCUGAUAGCACAUAAUCUUGGUUUUGUAGCAAACUGGAUUCCAGUAUAGGCAGUAGAUGCAGUUCUCUUUGUUGCAGCAACUCUGGAUGUGCAUUUCAGUUCUUAAUGCCUGCCUGCCCCUUUCGAUGCAAAAGUUUUGAAUUAACAAGGUUUUCAGAUUUGUUCAUCAAAGAAAUUGUCAAUAUAAAAUGGCCGUAGAGUACAUUCCAGGGCUUGCUAGCCAAAUUAAAUCUUUAAGAUCCUUUUUCAGUGCUUGAGUUUAUAAUCUCGAAACUGUCUUUAGACCUUAUUGAAAAAGUCCACUUGAACUGAUUUCUCCAUGUUUUUGUGUUUUUUAAAAAGGUCAUGUAUAACUUGUUGCUGAAAUGUUGGCACUAUUAUCCAUGCUGGGGAACACAGCUUUUAUGUACGAGAAGGCUCUCCUAAGCAGAGAGAUUCAACAGAGAGGAAGACAUGGGCUUUUCAAGUCAUUUCUUGCCCCGUCCCAUUUUCUACCCCUUUCUCAGCCCUAUGACUGGCAACUUAAAUCCAUGGCAAUUCAUAGAGUUGUCUUUCCAUGUUGUUGCAGGUUGAUUGUGUCAUGUGGUGCCUAUUUUUUAUUAAUGCUCAGGUGCAUCAUGAGAUCACCUUUCAUCACUGCCCUACUACCCCAAUUCUGGAUGAGAUUGGAUGCUACCUUAGUGGCCCAUGUGAUUAGAAAGGGAAUAUGCCAAGAGCGGGACAUCUUCUGCAGACAUUCCAAUGCCCUCCCAGUUCAUCCCUUUACCACGCUGGGGUGGGCUGUUCAUUAUAAAGGGACAUGCCGGAAGGGCAUCAAGAUACCUGGGAACUUGUCCUGCAGGGCACACUGCCGUUUGAUGGUGUGGCCAUUUAGAUGAAUGUCCUACCCCCCCCCCCCACAUGAUAAAGGGAUGUCCACAGCAGUGUUCCCUGUAACAGGGAUUCCCAGAUGCUGUUGUCUACAACUCCCAGGAUCUCCAGCUGCAGCGACCUUUGGCUGGGAAUUGUGGGAGUUAUAGUCAACAACAUUUGAGAACGGCUGUUACAGGGACCACUGGUCCACAGGCAUCACAAAGUCCGCAAGAAGACGUCUCGAUGGGUGCACUCUUGGCAUGUCCCCUUUCUAAUCAUGUGGACUAGUAAAAAAUGUCGGAACAGUCCAUAUGGGAUUUUUUUCCCAGGACUUGCAGGAGAAAAUGCUGUGACAUGUCAUGUUCUCAAGAGAGAAGCAAGGGAUCUCAUGUAUGGUUGCUCUCUGCAACACAUAACACUGUGAAUCAUUGUGUGCUGAUUCCUUGUGUAUAUCUAAAUCGGGCUGAAUUGGGAGAAUCUUUUCUUCCACAGCCUUUGUGGGGAUGCAGGUAAUUGUGAAACAUGAGGCAGGGUGAGGGCCAUUGAACAUUCAUUAGUUCCCCAUUCUCUUGAGACAGACGGCACCAAUCCUGCAACACUUGUGCCCUAUUGUGAUGCAAACCUGGAUAUGAUGUUGUGCAUAGACAAUCUGAAACACACUGGGAGAUUACUUGUAGGAGGCAAGAGGGCAAGGUCUGUCUCUCUCUGCCACCCUUGCCUCCCUCUGAUAUUUUUUUUUUUUCUACUUGUGACUUGGAAUGUAGCUGGUUCAAAUUACUGCUGUACUUUUGUAGCAAGAAUGGGAAGAGGGUGGGAGGGAGCGAAGGGGUCCUUACCAAACUGGCCAGGGGGUAAACACUUGUUUUUAAAGUGGCAACAUGAAGGCUCCUUGGAAUACAUAUGGGAGAGGGAAGAGCCUACAGUUAUUUUGCACUCGCUCUGUUGGGAUUGAAAUGCAUGCCUCUUAGCUAGUGUUGACUUUUCUUUUUCAGUGAAUGAUUUUCUUUUGAUAAAAGAAUUGCUUCUUGGAAACAACAAAAAUUCCUUUAUUUGUAUAAGGAACUCGGUUGUAUUUUAAUAAAGAAAAAAAUUAAGAGAAA